UUCACUCUUCAUCUGUCUUCAUUGAUCAUAUUAUAUGUUCUUACAUCUAAGUGUCUUGUAAAGUUCUUGUUUUUAUCUUUCAUUUCAAGUUUUCAACCCCCUCCCCUUACGCAGACCAAGAGUUUGAUAAAUGUUCGAAGUGAAUCCCAUCUAGUUUGUCGACUUGGGAUUCUUUUUGGAUUCAGCCUAUGUCAACCAUCAAAAUCUACCAUUCUUUAAUAAAUAUGCUCCCAUAUGAAACUGUUAAGAUUGUUUUUAGAGCUUUAACAGUCUUGCUCUGGUUAGGGACUUGCAUGGCAGAAACAUUAUCUGCUAACUUUGUUUUUGGUGAUUCUUUGGUGGAAGUAGGCAACAAUAACUACAUUGCAUCUCUAUCGAAGGCAAAUUACAUACCAAAUGGGAUCGAUUUUGGGAUGCCCACAGGAAGAUAUACAAAUGGAAGAACAAUAGUAGACAUUCUAGGAGAGGAAUUGGGUUUGAAGGAUUACACUCCGCCAUAUCUGGCUCCAAGGACAUCUGGCCCACUACUUUUGAGGGGUGUCAAUUAUGCAUCUGGUGGUGGUGGAAUUCUGAAUGAAACGGGAAAGAUCUUUGGUGGAAGGAUCAAUAUGGAUGCACAACUAGACAACUUUGCAAAUACGAAGCAGGAUAUAAUAUCCAGAAUUGGUGCUACUGCAACUCAAGAGUUGUUGAGUGGAGCUCUUUUUUCAGUAACAAUUGGUUCAAAUGAUUUUAUAAAUAAUUAUCUCACACCCGUUGUUUCAACAAUUGAGCGAAAACUGGUGUCUCCAGAAGCAUUUGUGGGAACCUUAAUUUCAAGAUUCAGACUACAACUUAUGAGAUUAGAUGAUUUGGGUGCUAGAAAGAUUGUGAUCCCUAAUGUGGGCCCCAUCGGAUGCAUUCCAUAUCAACGGGACAUAAAUCCGUCUGAAGGAAAUGACUGUGUGGCUUUGGCAAAUCAUUUAGCUCAACUUUAUAAUCGGCAAUUGAAAAGCUUACUUGAAGAACUUAAUAUUGAACUCAAAGGUUCAACAUUCCUAUUUGCAGAUGUGUAUAAUAUUGUUGCAGAUAUCAUUCAGAAUUUCGAAUCAUAUGGUUUUGAGAAUUCAGAUUAUGCGUGUUGUCAUGUGACCGGUCAACACGGUGGUCUAAUCCCAUGUGGGCCCACAUCUAAAGUUUGUACCGAUAGAUCAAAGUAUGUUUUUUGGGACCCGUAUCAUCCUUCGGAUGCCGCCAAUGCUAUCAUUGCCAAACGUUUAAUGGAUGGAGGCCUUGAAGAUAUAUCCCCUUUUAACAUUAGAGCUCUUUUUGGAUCUUGAAGAAGAAAAUGAAUUUGGGAAUUUUAUGUUAUUAUGUAUCCAUAUUUAGAUGAAUACGUGUAUGAGUUAAAAGAUAUAGGUUUAAGUUUUGACAUAUCAUUUUUUCAAAAUUUUAAUCCGUUUGGGAGACAUUGCUAAUCAA